UCAGACUCAGAGAAGAAAUCUACUGGAGAUACAUAGAUGAACUGGAAGGCCAAUAUGAUAAAAUUGCAGAUGUUGCUGUGCUUGUCUGGCCUCAAAAAUCACUCUGUCCCAUCCUCUCAUGGCUGGCAUCACCUUCAGGACUGAAUGCCUCUCUCUCUUUGCAUGGCAACUGUGUGUGUGACAGAGCAGGAAAGCACCAAAGGAUGAACUCCCUGGUCAGCACCUCACACCUCCAGCUUGCUGCCUUUGCUCUGGGCACCAUAGGCUGGAUCCUGUGCACUGUUUCUAUGGGAAUUGUGGAAUGGAGAGUGUGGCAUGUGGACAACACCUCUGUCAUCUCCUCUGGCAUUGCCUGGGUGGGGAUUUGGAAAGUCUGCUUCAUCAGUUACCUUUACGUCUCACCUGGCUACAGAGAACAGUUUUGCCAUAAAUUCAGUGGCUAUGACUCCUUCAUCCCCCAUGAAAUUUAUGCUGCUCAGGGGCUCCUGCUGAUCGCCAUGUUCAUGGGCUUGCUGGGACUGGCUGCUACAAUAUUUGCUCUGAGAAAUGUGUACAUGGGAGUCACUCACAAAACUCUCAUUGCCCCAUUCUUCCUGCUGGGUGGCUUCUUCUACAUAUUUGCUGGUCUGUGUGUCCUGAUUCCUGUGAGCUGGAAUUUCUAUUCUGUAACUCACAACCAGAGCAUAGCUUUUCCUCCUUCUUACUACAUGCCCUCCAGUCCAGCAGCGCAGGAAGCUGGUGCUGCCAUUCCUGUUGGGAUUGUGGCUGUCAUCCUCCUGAUGCUAAGUGGGAUAUUUUCUCUCUCAUACAGAUUUCCCAUGACUGCAAACACUAUCAUGAAAUCCUGA